AUCAUACUUGCGUAUUUCCUUCUAAGUCACGAUUGACUAGAGACGCACUCGCUCCGUUCAACUGUAUAGCAAAUAUUGGUCAUAGAUUUGGGUAGUGUCCAGUCUUCUUAAUCGAACCACUAGCAGAGAACGAGUGCCUAUAUAAAUGCAUUCUCUGAGAAGCAGGAAUUUAUUUUGGCAUUAAGGAUGAAGGGAUUGAAGUUAUUUUUGAUUCUCCUAUUAUGGCGUCACUGUAAAAUCAUCCAUGCGUGUGAAGGGCCAUGCUUGUACUAUAGUGUUGGGAAUACCAUAAAUAGUAUCAACCUGUCCGCUGGGAAAACCGCUUCUAGUGUUGUAGCGCAAGAUAUUGGACGGGUCUUUGCCAUUGCAGUGGACGUAGAGGACAAUUAUAUCUAUUGGAGUGAUUUUGGGCGUGGCACCAUCAAAAGAAUGGAUCUCCAGACGAACAUAAAAGAAAAUGUGACGAAAGGCGUCGGUAGAGUGGAAGGAAUAGCCAUAGACUGGAUUAGCAAAGACAUAUUUUGGACGGACACAACAAACAACCGAAUAGAAAUGGCGAAGGUUGAUGGAAGUGACAGAAAAAUACUGUUUGACCGAGACAUUGACGAACCUCGAGGUAUAGCUGUUGAUUCGAUCAAUGGGUACAUUUUCUGGACAGAUUGGGGUUCAAGUCCUAAAAUUGAGAGAGCCACCUUAGACGGGAAGGAAAGGGUCACCAUUGUGGAAACGAGUUCCAGUUUCCCCUUGCAGUGGGUAAAUGGCGUAAUAGUAGACUACGCUGAUUCAAAGAGCGCAAUUUAUUGGGUCGACGCUGGUCUGGGCACCGGUGUGGUCGGCAGAGCUGAUCUGGACGGACGCAAUCGAAAACUAUCAAAAGAGAUAACUAACAGUCUUCCGGUCGCUAUAGCACUUCACAACGGAACUGUGUACUUGUCUGAUAACAGAGCAAAAAAAAUUCGGCUGGUGGACAAAACAAGCCUAGAAUAUCUUGGAAAUCUCGACUUGUCUUUCCCUGAAAUACACGGAAUUACUGUAUUAGACAGAUCAAGGCAACCUCUGAAUCUGGUGGCUGUCAGUAUUACAUUGGAAAUGAAAAUGGAAGAGUGGGAGGAAGAGAAAUUUAAACAAGCAGUCGUGAAAGGGAUAAGAGACUACUGUUAUGAGGAUAAAUGCAGUUACAAAUCAAGAAACACAACCAUUGCAGAGCAGUUAUGCAGCAUCUUUCCAAAUGGGUCCAGAGCCAGUUCAGUUCAGAUCAGAGUUCUAAAGCAACCCGGAGGGUCUUCAGUUCUGAAUAAUACUGAAGUGGUUUUUUCACUUAUUCUUCAAACCCAAUCCAAUUCAUCCCGUAUGGUAAUUAAAAACAGCACUUUGGAUUAUAUUGUACAAAAGAGUGUCUACUAUAUCAGCAAACAUUUAGGUGGUUACAAGGUUAUAUAUGUAAAUUGUAAUCCUCCAUCGUUCGAAAAAUUUUGUAAUUAUACGGAACCUCCUAGGGAUAUCAAUGAAAAGGUUACGGUAACAGCAGGAACAAUCGCAAGUGGAAUCUUUAAUGAAAUUGUUAUCGUUAUCGUCAUCGUUAUCGUCAUCGUUAUUGUCAUCGUUAUCGUCAUCGUUAUCGUAAGGCGCAGAAGGCGGGAAAAUGAAGCAAGAGUCCAUGGGAGGCAAAAUUCGGGAUUCAAUGGGGACCCAGAGCGACACUACGAGGAAAUCGAUGUUAACGGUGAAGCUGUUGACAACAGAAAUGAUGACACAGACGGUAAAAAUAGCUGUGCAAUACGCGAAAACCCCGGACCGCAGCAUGGUGGAGCCAAUCUGAAUACUAUUGAGGAAGAAAAGCAUAUGUCUACGCAGUCACCCUUCCCUAACACAAAACGUGGAGCUGAAGAAAACGAUGAUGUUUGUAGCGCAUCUGGUGUUCAUAAACCAGUUCAAUGCACGGACGAUGAAAACUCGAAAGAUGCAUAACUAACUUCUCACUUUUCAAGAAAUGGUUCUUAUGAAGACUGCCUGUGCUACCAAAUUAAACACCAACUUAUUUAAUGGAGUGUAUUCGAAACGUCUCCAUUUCCAUUGUGAUGUAAAAAAGUUGUAGUAAUUAUUCAAUGCUACAAAUAUUUUGUAUUUCCAUUUUUCACCGUGUGUGAUUCUUGUUUGAGAAUAGAUAAGUAUCAAUUACGAAAAAUAAUUUUUUCUAGGGAAAUGACUUAAGACAGUUUGCCCUGAGUUGGCCUCCAAUGAAUAUUGACACCUGAGUACUGCUGUAUUUUUUUUUUCUCUGUUGUUAGACCAGAAAUUACGUCGAUGAAUGCAAGCUUCUGAAACCAUUUUGUAAAAGCUAGGCGUAUUGAAAGCUUUUCAGUACAUUUUUGUAAGCUCUUCAUUCCUCAGAGGUGAUUAACGCUUAAUCAGACUUAUUAUGAAAAAUCUGUUUGGUUAGGUUAGGCUGAAAUUUCCUUGAAUUUUAGGUCGAUCUUAACAGUUUGGCCUUUGGUACAAGUUGUGGGUUUAUAUAUAUACGUGCGCCGAAGCUGAUUCCUUAGUAUUGGACUGCGUAUCCUGUACUACGCAUAAAUAUCAUGUAAUCAGGCGAAUAAGCGCGCGUGCAUUCCGAGAACACGGUAUUGUUUUUCAAUCAAAUGACCAGGUUAAGAGGUAGGAUGAACUUUAGCAUUUGAACGAGCUCAGUGACCUACAUUUUUUUUAUUGCAUAAUUUUGGCGUACGAAUUAUCCACUUUAAAUUGGGAAAAUCAUCAAAGAAAUCAUUGAAAAAAAAAAUAUAGCUGAAAGAGUGCAUCAAGCCUGUUACG